ACCAAACCAUACAAUAUUUUCUGCGUCAUUAAAAACCAGUGUCACCCGCCAGAACCCAAACUCAGUAUGGAUUAUCUCAUCAUACUACUCAUUGUAUUCUCCAUACUUUGGACAUCCAUUCGUGCCCUCAAUUCCGCAGCCCUAGCCCGCCGGAAGUCACCGGCAGCUCCGCCGCCGCCCGGCCCGCCCCGUAUUCCCGUCCUAGGAAACCUCCCACAACUCCGCCGCGGAUCACCCUAUCAAAUACUAUCCACUCUAGCCAAAGCAUACGGCCCCGUCAUGUCUCUCAAGCUCGGAACCGUCACCACCGUGGUCUUCUCCACCGCGGACGCCGCCAAAGAGGCUUUGAGCAAACACGACGCCGUCCUGGCCGACCGAGCGGUCCGCCACGUCAUCAAAGCCCUGGACCACCACAAGGCCUCCGUCAUAUGGUCGCCCGUGUCGGACAACUGGCGCAACCUCCGCAAGAUCUUGACGGUGCAAAUGUUCGUGACCCACCGCCUCAACGCCAGCCAGGAUCUCCGCUUGAAAAAGGUGCAGCAGCUGCGCGAGCACUUGCGCGAGAAGAGCCGCGACGGCGCCGCCGUGGACGUGGGCGGAGCAGUGUUCACGACCCUGCUGAAUAUGAUAUCGAACACUCUGUUCUCGGUGGAUUUGGCGGGUUACUGUUCGGAGGAAUCGCACGAGUUUGAGAGCAUGGUGUUUGGGGUGAUGGAGGAAAGCGCAAAGCCUAAUCUGGCGGACCUUUUUCCGGCGCUCCGGUGGAUGGAUCCGAAGGGUGGGUUGAAGCGGAUGAAGAUGAUUUGUGAAAAGUUCAUGGGAUUGUUUGAAAAAAUUAUUAAUGAAAGAUUGCAGGCCACAAGUACUUCGUCCUUGAGGAAUGAUAAUAACAAUAAAAAUGAUGUGUUGGAUGCGCUCCUCAAUCUCAACCUAGAGAAGGACUACCAGCUUACUCUCGAUAAUUUGAAACAUUUGUUUCUGGAUAUAUUUGUUGCUGGAAUUGACACAAGUGCGAGUAUGUUGGAAUGGGCAAUCGCAGAAUUACUUCACAAUCCUGAAAAGUUGGCAAAAGCCCAAACUGAGCUCCAACAAGUUCUUGGAGAGGAUGGACAAAUUCAAGAAUCGGACAUUUCAAACCUCCCUUACUUGCAAGCAGCGGUAAAAGAAACGCUCCGAUUGCAUCCUCCAGGCCCCCUUUUACUUCCUCAUAAAGCUAUGUGUGACGUAGAAAUAUUCGGUUUCAAAGUUCCCAAGAAUGCUCAAAUACUAGUUAAUGUGUGGGCAAUUAGCCGAGACCCGAACUCAUGGUGCAACCCUAAUUCAUAUCAUCCUGAAAGAUUUUUGGAGAGCAAGAUUGAUUUUAAAGGACGAGAUUUCGAGUUUCUACCUUUUGGCGCUGGAAGAAGGAUUUGUCCUGGAUUGCCAUUGGCUCAUCGAAUGAUGCAUAUGAUCUUAGCUACUUUUCUUCACUUUGAUUGGAAGCUCGAUGGUGAUAUGAAACCAGAAGACAUGGACAUGAAUGAAAAGAGCGGCGUUACCUUGGUGAAGAGAGCCAAACCUCUCUGGGCUAUUCCAAUAAAAGCUUGACUACUCACAUAAAUUAGUAUUUAUUUAUUUAUCUAUUUAUUUUGGGAAAUAAUGUUAGCAUUUUAAUUGUAACAGUUAGAAUGAUUAGUAAAAAUAAUUAAGGGCAUGCUUGCUAUAGCCCAAGUAAUAAUUAAUAAUUUCACAUCAUAUGUGAAUUAUAUA